CAUCAGUCUGUUUCGUGCUCUGUCUCAAAGCCUGCUCUUGGCCGCAGGUGCCACUGCCGUGAGGACGCAGAAUGCAGACUAUUAAGUGUGUGGUGGUGGGCGACGGGGCGGUGGGCAAGACGUGCCUUCUCAUCUCCUACACCACCAACGCCUUUCCCGAGGAGUACAUCCCCACUGUGUUCGACAACUACAGUGCUCAGAUGAGCGUGGACGGCCGUACGGUCAGCCUCAACCUGUGGGACACGGCGGGGCAGGAGGAGUACGACCGCCUGCGCACGCUCUCCUACCCGCAGACCAACGUCUUCAUCAUCUGCUUCUCCAUCGGCAGCCCCUCGUCUUUCGCCAACGUGCGGCACAAGUGGCACCCCGAGGUGACCCACCACUGCCCCAGCGUUCCCAUCCUGCUGGUGGGCACUAAGAGGGAUCUGCGCACGGAUUCGGAGACGGUCAAGAAGCUGAAGGAGCAGGGCCUGGCGCCCACCUCUCACCAGCAGGGCGGCGCUCUGGCCAAGCAGAUCGGCGCCGUCAAGUACCUGGAGUGCUCUGCAUUGCUGCAGGAGGGAGUGCGGGAGGUGUUUGUGGAGGCCGUGCGCGCCGUGCUCUACCCCGUUACCAAAAAGAAUACCAAGAAGUGUGUGCUCUUAUAGUCGGCCGAGACGAAGAUGAACUCAUAAACAAGAUGUACAGGGGCCCAACCUGGUCUCAUCUCACUUUCUCGCUCUUUAAGGACUUUCUGAUUUGGUUUCGCUGACUUCUUCGUGUCUCAUUCCCUUGUAAACCAGUCUAAAGUUGCUUGCCUGUUUUUUGUUGUUGAUUAAUAAGUUUGUUGCCAGAUCCACUUAAUGAAAGAUAAGGAUCGUCCGUGUCCGUCGGAGCCUGUAGGGAUUUCUACUGCCUUGACUCACGGCGUCCUGUGCUUUUAGAUAAAGUGCAAUAUAAUGAAGACUGAAUGAGGUCGACACAUCAGACUUCCGGUUAUAGAUGUCCCAGACAAAUCUUUGAUGUGCCUUCAAAAUGAUUUUUUUUUUUAAAUGCACAUAUGUUUUAUCCAUAGCUGUUCAGCAAUAUUUCGACAGGUUGUGUUAAAUGGAUUGUUUGGGUUGCACUGAUACAAUUGUGAAUUUCAUAUAGAAAACUGCAGGUUGUAUUUUACUCCAAAAUCAAAAGAAAAAAAUAAUGAUACUUUCCAUAAAGAAAUUAAAUCUUUUUAAAGAGCAAUAAGAUCCAAUAAUGCAAAAAAAAAAAAAAAAAGGUAAUUUCCCACAAUGCAAUUAAGAAAUGUCUCCCAGACGCAAUGACUGAUUUUUAAAAUAUAUUUAUAGUUCAACUAAUGCUGUACAUUUCCAAUUAUAUUUUACAAAUGCAAAACGUCUUAAUGGACCAAACUAGCAAAAUAUAUUUUCUUACUUGUGAUUUUGGGGCUAAAUGUGACCCUGAAGUUUUAUUAACCCAUCAUCCUGAGAAUCGUGCCUUAUGUGCUGUUUAAUAAGGGCUGCGUCCCGCUGCUAAACAAGCGUUCGUACUCUUGUCGCGAUGGCAGAUUCAGGCAUUGGCCCGUAUUUUCCUCUUCAGAGAUGGUCAGUCAGGUUACUGGAGUUCACCAUAGAGUUACUCGUAUCUGCCGCCAUGUCAGUUCGGUUCUGCCUCGGUAUUUAACACUCCACGAGAGUCACUGGUCGCUUGUUUUUAGUGAACGCCUCGCAAACCAAAACGCUGAUGUGUCUUCCCAACCCAAAGACUGAGCAGCAGGCAUGCUAAUCUGUACAAACCCUGCGAAGUUCAGCGUAUCAUUGCACACGUCUCAUUCAAAGGCGGUGGUUUGGAUUUAUGUUAUUAUUAACCGACGAGUUUUAUUUGUGGUUUUGCAUGUUCAAAAAGAGGCCCGAACAGCACUGGCCACUGUAUUUCAGUAUCCUCAUCUCAACGUACAUCAGCCUUUAAGAUGCGAGACGAUUUCCGGUCGGUGAGCUGCAGGGUUUUGAUGUGAUGUUUUACUCCGCUGAUAUGUGAUUAGCUUUCAGAACUGGAAGUCGUGGUUAAACCUUUUGCAAAACUGACAUCGUUGAAUGGCAGUGUGGUGUGGAAACCUGUGACUAGACAGCCAAUGUUUGAAUAACUGAAACAGUCAAUUUUGUGUGUGUUUUUAGCUUUUUCUGAAUUGUCUGCCAAACUUGGCCAAAGAGUGCCUUUGGAAAAAAACAAAGAUGUAUUAUGGAGUAACUGGACACGCGUGCAUGUUAACGUUUGAGUCGCACCUGAUACCAUUCGCAAUGUUUGUUUCUGUCGUUAAACCAGGACAGUGUCUCGAAUCAUUCCUUACUUUGAAUUCAGUUGCCAAACUCCAUGUAAGUGUUGUUGCUGUGUAAGGGAAAUGAAAUCUGUGCAAACGCUGAUAUCACUAUUAGGUGUGACGGUGGUGAAUGACGAGCGAUUGUGACCGUGAACUGCUUUCCGUUUCAUCUUUCAGAGUAAUAGUGCGGCUGUGUGUCUAUGGUAUGUGGUACUACAUUUAUACACUGGGAACUCGAUUUUUUUUGUCAAAACUGCCUUUUUAUAACCAAAACAAAUUGUAUAAAUGAACUAACCGUGAAAUUAUUUUAAAUUAUGCAAAAUAAAUUUUUACACAGUU